UGUUUAGUGGUUGGUUUGAAGAUUGAACCAGGGCUCACCACGCGGAGAAGACCCCCGGCUCCAACCCCCCAUCCCCCCCAACGCCGACCCAUCCGAUUCGCCCGACCCACGACCUCCAUAGCUCCACACCUCCCACCCGGACAUCGCGAAUUCCUCCGGCUUACUUCCUCCUCACGCCGACUACGUUGCCAGAUACUUAUAUAUUAUACAUAGAAUUUACCUCCAGUUGCUUUAGAUUCCAUACCUCACUUCCGUUGAAUACUUCAUACAGAAUAUCAUGGCUGACUCUAUGCCACCCUCUGCUUCUGCAAAGUAUAAAACCCUCCAUGCAACGGCAGUAACAUUCAUCCACUCUGCGGAUAGAGACGAAAGCCUUCCAAAACGCUUCAGCGAAGAACGAAUCAAAGCCAUCCGGUCAGCAUCCGGAUUCCAACAUUCCUGCGGACACAAAGGAUUCGUGGAGGCCACUCCCCAGCUUGCCGGCACACACGACGCAGAUGCGUUCAUAAAGCAUCUAGAGAUGAUGGUCCCCAAACUCGAUUCCUGGGAUACAACCAUUUCCGAUAUCUUCAUCGACGAGCAUCAAAACUCGGUUGUUGUGAGAGCUAGUCACGCGAUGGGCGUCAAAGGCACCGAAACUCCAAUUGAGCACGACAUUGUAUGGUUUUUGACCAUGGAGCCGGAUGGCAAGACUGUGAAGAAAUCUAUUGAGUUUUUGGAUCCUAUCGCGGGGCAGCAGAUCAGAGAGGCUAUGAGUCGUCAGGAGUAGGAUUAUGAAAUCUAAGUACGGAGGUGGCAGGCAGCUGACCGUGACGGGAAGCAAUGCGCUUCCGAGCUUUGUACAAUUUGUGUUGAUUGGGUCCGACUAUCAUUGUUGGGAAUCAUUUUCCAACCCACUAUUACACCCGAUGUCUAUUGCAGGAAUUCGCAAAGAACUCAUGAUAUUACUACUCAUGGUUAGAUCUCCAAUACAAACGUCCACGAAACGCCACCAGGCCAUUUCUUUGAUUGUUGCAUUCCGUACUUUGAUAAGCGAGGUAUAGUCUUAGCAUUGUUCUAUCAGCAAAAGAAUAGACUCUUAGUUUCUUUGUUCUCCAUUG